AUGCCCGAUGUCGAGAAGGGCCAUGACCGGUCAACCCAGAAUCAGCGGCAGACGCCUGGAGAGCUUGUUCGCAAGACGCGCGCCGAAGCCAGCAAUACGCUUCUCCCUCGCCCGGUUGCCUCUCUGGUGACGCUCUUCGCUCACUCUACCUCGCUUUCGCUCCGUGUUGGCACUUUCCUUGGUGGAUUCGCGAUCGAUAGUGUGAGAGCGACAACUCUCACGGGCCUUGAGUUAAGUAGGGCGGUGGUGGAAGCAACUUUGCAUUCUACGAUAACAUCUGCAUCUUUUUUCGCGUCUGCCAGCUUCCAUCUCUCUUCAACCACAUUAUCAUCGGUCGCUCACUUCUCUCAAUCGCUGCUGUCCACUCUCGAUGCGAUCCUUGGGUCCUCAGAGUCCUCGCGCGCUAUUGCAGCCAUUGUCACCUUGAUUCGAAGAGAGUUUCGAAAUCCGGAAACUGGUGCCCGUGCGGACAAGGUCGGUAUCGCCGAUUUACUUGUGGGAUGCAUUGGAUUCGCCAUGCUGCAGCGAUGGGGGAGGCGAAACACAGAGAGAGAGUUUAGAGAAAAUGGCAAUGAAGAGAUCAUAUGGGACGUCGUUAUCCUCGAUAAUGGGCUGAGAGCUGAUGUUGUGGGCACCCAGCGGACUGAUUAUCCAACCAAUGUCGAAUCACUGGACGCUCCGCCAACACGACCCGCGUCGUUCCUGGCCCCUGAAGAAACUGAAGGAGAUGGGACGUUUCAAGCGAUGGAAAGAGAAUCUACUCCGUUGAACCCCUUGGGUCGGCUUGUUCCGCAUGUGUCGCUACCUGCGGAUCGUCAACAUGCACUAUCCGAUGAAGAAAUCCGACAUUACAUUGUGAAUCAGCUCCCGCGCGGCUCGCAUGCUACGAUAACAACUGAUAGUGUAACCGCGAGGACCAUUACGGUGGAUGUAUAUGAUAUGCAUCACAACUAUAUUGAAAUUGCUCCUCCCCCUGGAACUGCACUCGUCAAAGAAAGCUUCCAUGAUGGGCGCGACGCGGAUGACAGCCCCUCUCUUGCAGAGACACACCUGCCAAAGCACACUGUUGUGUUCCAAACCGUAUCAAACCAAUCCCAAACUGCCGAGUUGCGGCCGGAUAACUCUUCUUCCCAAAGCCCAAUGGAAAUGAAUUGUUGUGAGCACCGCCCAAGGUUACCCCAAAGGCUGUCGAAGCGAUCGAGAAUUGGGAGCUGGGUUAAUGAUCCAGUUCCCACGGUAGAGGUCGAACCCAUAAAUGUGAAUAGCCCCGAAACAUCCCGACGGCCUGCAUUCAAAAGGACUAUAUCUGAAUCUUCCCUCAGCGGUUCGGAAACGCCACGUGCUUCAUCACAAAGAAGGUCUGCGGCCAGCAGGGCAACCCACAGGCUCAUAUCCAAUGCGGAGGCAAAGUUGGAAAGCAUAGCCACUCUGGGAAAGAGAGCAACAUCGUCUUCCACUCUCAACCACCAACCUGCCGGUUUCAACAGAGAAAGCAUGGGUGCUACCACAGCUCGAAUACGCAGUAAACCUAAGCAAUCCACUGAACCUGGGUUGCAGAAGUCUAAACUGCUUCCGGCUAUGCCCCUUGCAUCAGUUAAGUUGGGAUCUAGCCAGUCAGAUGUUUAUGGAACUGAUAUUUCCGCUACUUCCCUUCCGCCUAAAGACUACUUUUCAUCUCAAGAAAGAGGUCUCGAGUCCUACAUGGCUCGCACGGACGCAUUUUCCUUGCAUAAACGCCCGAAAAGUCCAGCGUCGCCUACGAUUGCCAGAAAUCAUAUUUCCAGUACUAGCAGCUUAUCUAAAAUUAAGUCCGAUAGCGAUGUACAGGGGUUAUCGAGCGACAUCCUUCAACCUCGCAGCCCUAUGCUCUCUCGAAGAAGCUCAACCAAAUCUCUUGCGCCUACCAUCUAUUCGUUAGCAGGUGACUCAAAGUCUUCGCUUGUUCUUGCUCCUCGAUUUGUUCGGAGCGUAUAUGAAGACCAAGACACGCUCUCCGCUCUUUCUAGAGACGGAAAAUUCCCCGGCUUGUUCCCAUACAAUCACCUGGUUCAGAAUAUACAACGAUUUUCCAGAUUUUCGUCAGCCUCUUACGGGUCGCAUUUUCUCAGAGUUAUGGGGAUUUCCACCGGCCCUCAGGAUUGGCAAAAUGAGGAGAUGGACCACCACGAGCACAGCUCAUUCUAUAACCACACUGGAUUACCCCCUUCCACAAUUCUACUCUCAUCGUUUGUUGAUUCUGCUGGAGGCACGAACUCCUGUGGCAAGACUCAAGAGGGUUUUCCGCUAGUCCAUUAUCUCGCGCUAGACCACGAUUCGAAAGCCGUGGUUUUGACCCUGAGAGGCACAUGGGGGUUCGAGGAUAUUCUCACUGACAUGACAUGUGACUAUGACGAUUUGCACUGGAUGAACAAAACCUGGCAAGUCCACAAGGGUAUGCUCGCCUCAGCCAAACGUCUCCUUGAAGGCGGCGGUGCGCGAGUGAUGGCCACAAUAAAAGCUGCUUUGGAGGAAUUUACGGACUAUGGCGUUGUAUUUUGCGGUCACUCAUUAGGCGGUGGGGUCGCCGCCCUCCUUGCAAUCCUAAUCUCGAGGCCAAACGACACCCACAUGCAUGGGCCAUCAUUUGUGACCGCGUCCAGUCAAUCCAGUGACACGGAUAAUAACACCCAACGUCAGCCGGGACAGUUCCGGCUCCCGGCAGGACGACCGAUUCAUGUAUAUGCUUAUGGUACGCCGGCAGUCAUGAGUCCAUCUCUGCGACUCGCAACAAGGCGCUUGAUCACCACGACCGUCAACGGGCAAGACGUUGUUCCCACGCUAUCAUUGGGGGUUUUACACGAUUUUCACGCCGUUUCGCUCUCGUUCAAAAGCGAUGUCGCUGACGCAAGAUCGUACGUGAAGUCACGCGUUUGGGAUAGUAUCAGUCGCAGUAUCGCAAAUAAAUUCUACAUUAACCAGCCACCGCUUCUAAUUCAUGCCGGGGAAGGGAUCGGGGAGGACUCGUGGGCGUGGAACACGCUCAAGUCACUUCGCGCCCAGCUCACCGCUCCGAAAUUGAUGCCCCCAGGUGAAGUGUUCGUUGUCGAUACCAUGCGCGUUCUCCAACGUGAUGCGUUUACAAUGGACACGCCCAGCGGCGAUGGAUAUCCGAGGCUAGGCCGGCCAGCUACGAGGGUGCAGUUAAGAUUCAUCCGGGAUGUGGAGGCAAGAUUUGGAGAGAUUCGAUUUGGCUCAGGAAUGCUGGGUGAUCACAGUCCUGCGCGAUAUGAGGCGAGCCUGGCGGUGUUGGCGAGGGGAGUUUUGGACAGUUGA